AUGGCCAGCGCACCUACGCCAGCCGAGGUCAACGACACUUCCAAUCCGGCGGCCCUCGCGUUGCAGCUGCAACAAGUGCAGCAAAUCCAGCAGCAGUUGCUCAACGCCAACGCGUCGAGAUGCAAACUCCCGCAGUUCUGGAAAGCAGCGCCGGAAGCGUGGUUCGGUCAAGUAGAAUCCAACCUGCAAGCCCAUGGCGUGGACGAUGACCUCAAGCGCUACAACCUGGUCAUCGCAGCACUCGGCGAAGACACUGUCAACGAGCUCUUGGACGUGGUGCAGAAUCCGCCGGCCACUGACAUGUACGCUACGUUGAAGAGACGCAUGCUCGAGCGUUUCGCCCAAACGAAUGAGCAACGUCUACGCAAACUGCUCAACGACAUCAAGCCAGAAGGCAAGAAGCCCUCAGAGCUUCUACGCGAAAUGCGCAUACUCGCAGGCAAGAGCGUCACUGACGAGGCUCUCAAGGUCAAGUGGCUUGCCCUCCUGCCAGCGUCCUCGCAGGGCGUGUUAACCGUGCUCGACGGAGCACUUGACAAAUUGGCGGAAGCAGCCGACAAGUUGGCCGACAUUGCACCAACACCCGCCGUUGCUGCUGUCAAGGCCUACUCUCGCAGCAGCUCUCCUCAUCGCCAAGACCAUGCGAUGGCUAAGGAGAUGGCCAACAUGACCGCCCUCAUGUCACGCCUUUUGGCAACAGCCGAACAAACCAACGAGGCCAUCAGAGUGCUGAGUCAGCAGAGGUCCCAGGGCAGAGGACGCAGCCGCAGCCGCGGGCGCGCUGGCACUCCAGCUACCCAAGCGCAACAGGGCCACUGCUACUACCAUCAGCGCUUCGGAGAUGGAGCACUCAAAUGCGAGAAGCCAUGCGACCACCUCAAGGCCUUAAAAAACUAG